UUUUUCUUUAAGCUACGGAACUCCUUUGGCCGGCUUCAUUCCUCUUCAAACAUCCUCACACUGUUGUAAAAUAACAGGAGCAAGGAAGGGGGAGGCAAAGCAGGAAAUGUUCCCAGUUCAGCCGUGGAGAGGGGCACCAGACAGAAUUGGGAUUUAACUAAGGAACCUUAAUCCUACUUUCUCACUCGCUAAUUUGCCCUGUAAUGGAUAGCACUCCCUUUAAAAUUUCCAACUGAGCCCAAAAGGAUUUAAGUAAAUUAAUAUUGUUUAUCUAUUGUGGUCGAACAGAGUUCUUUGGAUCUCGUCCACCAGGAAUGGAAAGAGAGAUACAAGUCAAACAAAAAAUAACGCGCAUGGCGCAUCGUUAGACGAUGCAGAAAAUCGUCAAUCAAAAGAGAACCUUUCUAAUGGAAAUAGUCACAUUCCACCCAAAACUGGACGGAACAUCCCAAGGAGACAUACUGUAGGAGGACCUCGAAGUUCUAAAGAAAUCCUUGGAAUGCAGACAUCAGAUAUGGACCGCAAGAGAGAGGCCUUUCUAGAGCAUCUCAAGUACAAGUACCCACACCAUGCGACAGCAAUUAUGGGUCACCAGGAGCGCCUAAGAGAUCAGGCAGUUCAUUGCAUGCUGUCCUCACUCCAUUCAGAACUUGACAUUCAAAGGUACUUGAUGAAAAUUGAAUCCUCUCAGAGAACAAAAAGCCCAAAGCUUUCUCCAAGUCCACAACCAAGCCUGGGAGAGCAGGCGGAACAUCUCUCUGAGGCGUCUGCUGAUUCUGGAGACGCUAUGUUUGAGGGCGAAUCAACAUUGCCUUUCGUAAGAGGCAGCCGUACGAGGGCUAGUCUGCCAGUUGUCAGAUCGACAAAUCAAACUAAAGAGAGAUCAUUAGGUGUACUGUUCUUACAGUAUGGCGAAGACACAAAGAAACUACAGAUGCCCAAUGAGAUUACAAGCAUGGACACAAUACGUGCCCUCUUUGUAAGUGCCUUUCCUCAGCAGUUGACAAUGAAAGUUCUGGAGUCUCCCAGUACUGCCGUUUACAUCAAAGACGAUGGCAGGAAUAUCUACUACGAGCUGAGUGAUGUAAGGAAUAUCCAGGAUAGAUCCUUUUUGAAAGUGUAUAAUAAAGAUCCCGCACAGGCAUUUAACCACACUCCCAAGGCUGUCAAUGGAGAUGUGAGGAUGCAAAGAGAUAUUUCUUAUUCGUUUCGAGAAGGUCCACCAGUUCAUCGACCUGGUUCUGCGACCUAUCCUUCUCAUGCAGGCCCAAUAUCACCACCGGCUACUCCCAUUCCCCACUCCAUGCCUCCGUCUCCAUCCAGGAUUCCAUAUGGUGGAGGGCGUCCAACUUCAGGGCAGAACAACCCAACAAUGCAAAGGGAGAGGGUUCCAAGUUUGCCGGUGUCUAGAUCCAUAUCCCCAAGUCCAAGUGCCAUCUUGGAAAGAAGGGAUGUAAAACCAGAUGAAGAUUUGGGCAACAAAAAUUUACAGCUAAUACGAAAUGACAGCAUGUAUGCAGACCCUUACUUAUAUCAAGAGGGACGGAUGAGCAUAGCAUCAUCUCAUGGUGGGCACCCAUCUGACAUCCCAGAUCAUGUUAUUGCAUAUCACAGGGGGGCAAUGAGAUCUGCAAGCACUUACUCAAACUCUUCUAUGCAGAUGGAGAUGAUGGAACAAGCGGUGUACAGACAAAAGUCUCGCAAACAUUCAGAAAGUCAUUUGCCAACCUUUGGAUCUAAAACUCCUCCAGCCUCUCCUCACAGAGUGACAGAUAUUAGGAUGAUGGAAAUUCAUCCGCACAAUGCCCAUGUUGUUCCCCAUGCCAUACAGUCAGAUAGAUCAUCUCCGCUCCGUCAGUCCUUUAAAAAGGAUCAAGGGACCGGCGUGUUUGUAGAAGCUAAAAUGCGCAAUACCGGUGGAAUAAUGGGAAUAGCUGAUGUAAUUCCAUCACCAACGGACAAAACAUUUGCUGGAUAUGGAAGUGGAGCACCACCUAAAGACCCCUAUACAAGGGAGAGGAUGCACGCCAUGGAGAAACAGAUCGCAAGUUUAACUGGUCUCGUGCAAACUGCACUUUUAAAGGGACCCAGCUCUAAAGAUGCUCAUAGUGAAAAAGUCUUAAAAUCUGCAAACUGCAACAGUGAAAGCACAGACAGUACAGGAACUCACAUAAAGAAUUCAUUAGCCAUUAUUGAAUCUAACAGCCAAUCUGCCCCCUCUGGGUCCACCGAUAUGCAGGUUAGCCUGCAUGACAUGAGGCGCAAUGUGGCAGAACUUCGCCUGCAGCUGCAUAGGAUGCGACAAUUCCAGCUGCAGAACCAGGAGAUGAUGAGAGCAAUGAUGAAAAAGGCAGAGAUUGAAAUCAGCAGCAAAGUGACAGACAUUGUCAAGAGUUUGGAAGACCCCGUGCAGAGGCAGCGUGUCCUUGUAGAGCAGGAGCGUCAAAAAUACCUUCACGACGAGGAGCAAAUUAUCACCAAGUUAUGUGAUCUUGAGGGCUUUGUUGAAGAUAUUAAAAAGGACCUAACGUCAUCUCACAAAUCAAUUACGCUGAAGGAUGUGGAAGACCGAGCUUUCAUGCUGCGGCAGAUUGGAGAAGCCGUUUCCAAACUGAAAGGAGAGUUCCCUUACCUCCAGAAUAAGAUGCGGGCAGUUCUACGUGUCGAAGUGGAGGCGGUGAGAUUUUUGAAAGAAGAGCCUCACAAGCUGGACAGCAUGUUAAAGAGGAUCCGAAGCAUGACAGAUGCCCUCUCCACGUUAAGAAGACAUGUUACUGAUGGACCUUCAAAAUCCGUUGACUUCAAUCAAAGCAACCAGUUUAUCAUCAAAGAACAAGUUACUGAGACAGAAGUCCUCCAAAAGCAGGAGGAGAAACCUCAUGUGUACCUCCAGUCAACACAAUCAGAAACAGGUGGUACAAUUGAUUCACAGACAACAUCUGUUAAAUCUGAGGUAGUACCUCUCUCUGCUGGUAUGAAGGUUCACCAAGUACAAAGUUCACCAGUUCUUAUUCAACAAUCUCAGCAAUCUUCAGCUCUUGUUAACAACCCUCUUAACUCCAACAACCAGUCCGUGUCCGAUUUAAUGAUCAACAACCAAGCCAUUACAACGCAAGAAGCAUCUGGAGGAUCGCAGCAAGUUCCACCAGCCGGUCAGCAUAAUGGAUCAUCUGUGCAAAGCCUGUUUAUUGAAGAAAUUCAACACACAAGCUACAGGAAUCGAGCUGUAUCUAUAGAGGAAGCAGAAAGAAAAUACGAAGAGAAAAGACAGAAUCUGGAUCAUUACAAUGGUAAAGAAUUUGAAAAGAUGCUUGAAGAAGCACAAGCCAAUAUCAUGAAGUCUAUUCCCAGCCUUGAAGUGCCAUCCCAAUCUCUAAAAGUCGAGGUUAUUAAUAAAUUAGAGGUCACAGAAGGUGUACAUGACCUCGAUCAGGAUUAUGAUAAGGUGACAAAAUCUCCACCUCCACCUCCUCCUCGCCGCAUGUACCCACCUGGGUCUACUGUGGGUAGCUCAUGGGCAGCAGAAUCCCCUUACCUUGUGAGGAAGGAAAACAGUAAGGAUUCUGAAGAAAGCCUUCCAUCAACACCAUUAAAAACAGCCAAGGUUGAUACAGAAGAUAAAGGUCUAAGUACUACGCUUGCCACAGUCAAAGACGAUGAUGAGGAAGAAGGAGAGAGAAUCAUGGCAGAACUUCAGGCUUUCCAGAAGUGCUCCUUUGUGGACAUAAACACAAAAGGUCAAAUUGAUCACUCCAAAUCUGAGACUGAAGUUAAAGAUUUCAGGCCAACAGCCUUAGGCCAUCCUAGGGAAAAGAAGGUUUCAGGCACUUUAAUCCCAGAAAGCCCAAAAUCUGUUGAAAUCCCAGAGGAAAAGUGGAAAAUACAAACAUUACAAAGCACGGCACCUGAUUCUGCAAAGGAUAGGCAGGGGCAUAACGUUUUAGUGAAUGAAAAGUAUACCUACAGUGUUUUUGUAGACAGGGCAGAACAUCAGGACAGCAGUUCUAAAGGCAGUGCACCACAGCAUGGUGAGAGUUAUGGUGAAGAAAGGGUGAUCAUUCUAGAUAAUGAAGAGAAAAACAAAAAUGUCUCCAGUCAAGUAACAGAAAUAGAGAGUGGAAUUACUGAAAAUAAAACUGGUGAUUUAAUUUCCACCUUCACCACUGUAUUGAAUUUGGAGAAGAAGAGUGAUGUUUUAAGAGUCAAAGAACCUUUGACAGCUGCGUCUGUGUUACGGGAACAAGAGAUGUCUUAUAUGGAUGUAGGUCAGACAGUAGUGAUGAGACAAAAGAAUUCCAGAAGAACUUUUAGCCAGCAAUCUGAAGAUGCAGAUUCUCCGACCGUAUCUCCAACUGAAUCGAAGUCUCCAGCAGACAAUAUUGCUUUUAUGAUAACCAACACCGAAGUGCAGCUUCUGUCAACUGGUGAAGUUCAGGAUAUUGUGAGCAGGCAGGGUAGCGAUGUGCAGACUGUUAACUUGGAUAGGGAAAAUGCGGAGAAAAUAGUUUCUGGGAACACAGAACUUCAAGGACCAGAAGGUUCUGUCCUCUCCACAGAUAAGAAACCAGUUAUUAUCAUAUUUGAUGAACCCAUGGAUAUCAGAUCAGCAUAUAAGAGACUUUCAACAAUAUUUGAGGAAUGUGAUGAUGAACUAGAAAAAAUGAUGUCCAAAGGAAAGAUAGAUGAAGAGGAAGAGGAAGAGGAAGAGAAAGAGGAACCAGAACCAGGUGCAUCUACUGCUCACGAAAACCGUCUUGAAUUAACUAAGAAAGAGGACAAUCCUGUUCAUUCUCUAUCUAUAGAAAACAAAUGUAGAUUCCGUUAUCCAUCUUUAGCACAAAUGAAGAAGGAAAGGUUGGAAGAUGGGAAUAUUUCUCAGGAACAUUUGACAGAUGAAGAUAAGUCUGAUGCUUCAGAUUAUGCGCUCAGCCAGAGGCAGGAUGCCAAGAAAAAAUUCAAGUUCAAGUUCCCUAAAAAGCAGUUAGCUGCUUUGACACAGGCAAUACGCACAGGGACAAAAACUGGUAAGAAAACCUUACAGGUAGUAGUGUAUGAGGAGGAAGAAGAAGCUGAUGGCACUGUAAAACAACAUAAGGAAGCAAAAAGGUUUGAAAUUGCACGAUCCAAGAGUAGAGAAGAAAACAUCAAAACUAGUUAUGAUAAACAUUCGGAACAAGAGGCCCUGUACUUGGAUGCACCAGAGCAGGGAUCCAGAACAGACGAGAUAAGGAAAAAUACAUAUAAGACCUUAGAUAGCCUUGAACAGACCAUCAAGCAACUAGAAACUACCAUGAGUGAGAUGGCACCAAAACCAGGAUCUGAUUUUGUUGAACUAAGAGAGGAAAAAUCUUCACAUUUAACACAAACUCCUGACAAGGAACCUAUAAUAGUGGAUGAAACCAAACAUACUAUAGAGACUUCCUCAUCAAUACCUUCAGCAGCACGUAAGGGUUCCAAUGGAGCGUCGCAAACCAGCCGAAUGCCAAUACCAAUGUCUUCUAAAAUUAGACAAGGAAGCACAGAAAAACCUAACAAACAGCCAAAACUACAGGAGCCACAACGUCAAUACAGACAGGCUAACGGAGGUACUAAGAAAGCUGGUGGGGAUUGUAAGGCUGCUUCCCCUACUUUAUCUGCUUCUAAGAUCCCAGCUCUUUCUUCUAACACUGGGAAAAGCAGCUCUAUGUCUGCUCAGUGUAAUGAUACCUCUAAUACCUCUAAUCCGUCUGUGAAGUCAAAUGUUUCAUUAACAAAUUCUAACACUCAAACCAGUCGCAGCAUUAAUGCUUCCUCCCUUAUACGUCCUGUUCAUAAUGGCUCUUCGAAACUUCAAAAUACAGCAUUUGCAGGUAAAGGUCACCAUCUUUCAUUCUCACCGCAGACCCCAAAUGGCCGACCAUCUCCUCCCACUGCUUCUUCUACUUCCACUGCUUCCUCUCCCCCUACUUCUGUCUCUCCCACUUCACCGACUCAAAAUAUGAAGACCAUCCGCACUAUCCACACACCUAGCUUCACCAGCUACAAGGCACAGAACGGGAAUGCAGGAAAAGCACCCACAUCCAAGGAGACUUCGUAACUUGUACAAGCUCAUCAACGUGUUUAUUAAAUGUUCCACUGUGUGUCAUCGGUGCAGUGACACUUACUACAAUAUCGCCAGAACCUUUCUGAUCCAUGUAUAUAAUGAACAAACCCAGAAAUCCAAGUCAGAA